GACAGUGUGAGUGGUCCUGAGCUCUGACUCCUGACGGCACAGAGAGGUGGCCGCGACCAUCACGAGGACAGUCAGAAAUCACUCUCGCUCUGGGAUCACAUUUCUUUUGUUUUGCUUUUUCUUUUUCCUCAUUGGCUUCCCCACUCCUUUCCUUCAAUCAUCCCCUUGACUCGCGACAAGCAUGCCGGAGCUCGGACUCACACAUUUGGGAUGAUUUUAAUAAUGGUUCGCUUCAAAUGUACAUUUCCACCGAGCUGCAGCUGAGGUUUCAUUCAAAGUCCGACUGGAUUCUCACAGCGUGAUGGAUACAAAUGAGUUCGCAGUGCUGAAACUUUUUGUCGUUGGGAUUUUGGUCAAUUCCUGGAUAAUGAGAGGGUUGUCAGCCACUGACAGUUUGGACAUAGAGCCCACUUCCCCCCGGCCGGGGAGAACCUGCAAUGAGUCCCGUCUGCAGUGGGAGGUGGAGGUCUGUGGAGAGGACUUCAAGCGGGACAUGUCUCACAUAGAUCCACAGUACUGGUGUAACCUUACACACUUCAUCAGUGAGUACCACAUCUUCACCCUCUGCACAGAAAAACAGUCCCACAACGUUAACUGCUACUGGCCCAAUCCGCUGGUAGAGAGCUACAUCAUCCGCAUACACAAGCACUUUUUCUCCAACUGCACCAUGGAGCAGGUGGUAUGGGUGGACCCGCCAGAUGACACACUAACCAUCCUUAUCCUCAUCCCUGUUUUCCUCACUUUGGCCAUGAUCGCUCUGGUUGUCUGGUGCAGCAAGAGAAGUGAUAUCCUGGCUUAGAAGGAGAGGAAGAUGGAAGAAAAUGGAGAAGUGCGGGACAAGGAGGGUUUUCAAGGUCCUGAUCUCUCCACUCCAAACAAUACUGUACAAAGGAAUGCACAGAGGUUUUGGGAGAUUUCUUCAAUUGGUCAAAUUACCUCGUAAGAGGCACCACAAACCACUUACACUGCCUGUGGUCAUGAAGGAAGUAGCACCUAGUAUUUUCUUUUUAAAAUAAUUGCGAUAUUUCACAGUUCUGACAUUGACCUGCUAUUACAUAUUUGACUGCCAAACAGAUCUCUUAAUGCUUAACAAAUUUUAGAUCUUCUGGGACAUGCAAUUAUUGGCUUUCUUGCACAGUAAAUUUGUAGCUGGAGCCAUCAGCUUGUUACCUUAGUGUAGCAUAAAGGCUGCACUGUAAAAUCUGAGAAGUUAAUUUUACCUAAAACAAUCUUAAAAGUCAAGUGCUUUGAAAAAGGGAUGUAAAUAUAAUUAGAAAUCUCAUUGUUAGAAAUCUAGAUGGUAACUUUACCUGAAAUUUGGCUAUAUUUACCUAAUUUUGUGAAGUUGUCACAGCUUAAAAGUUAUUAGUGAAAUUACCUUGAACUUUCCAAGUGUUAGCAAAUUCAGAAAACUGAGUUAGUCUGACUUGACUUGAUCACAAAGAAGAUUUUGCCAAUGACGAAGUUAGGGGAGUUCUGUUUUCUUAACAUGUUUAAAAAAUUACAAAUAUGACUAACUAGUUUGCAACCAGCAGAAUACAGUUAUCUAGCACUGUAAACUUGGUUCACUAAAGAUGCUAAAACUUAGAAAGACUGAUUUCAUUAAAACUGUAAUUUUUAAGUUUCAAGACCUUCUCAAAAUUAAGUAUUUACUCAUUCUUCAAGGCAGUCAGUUUCCUAGAUUUUUUUAAAGUAACAUCAACUUGUAACAUCAUGCAUUGCUUUUACACUUUUUAUUCUUUUUUUUCAGGUAACAUAAGCAAAAGCCUCAAACUAAGCUAACUAGUAUCUGCCUGGAGUUUCUAAUCUGACAUAAGAGUGGUAUCAGUCUAGUUCAAAUCUCAACAAGAAUGCAGAUGAGCAUAUUUCCUUAAAUGUCAAACUAUUCCUUCAAGACACAGAGGAGUUUGGUUGUUUGGCAGUGACAUCACUUUUUUGGGUAUAUUGACUAGCGGGACAAUCGACCAAAUCUUGGUGCAUUCUUUAAAGCUCAUGGAUCCGGACCUUUGACGUCAGAUUCUUGUCAGAGCACUGAACCGUUGCUGAAGGCCAAAGUAUCCAUCAAGCAACAGAGGCAGAAGUCUAUACUGGUGGGAAAUGAGACUCCCAGAGGACACCAUUUGUUAAAUAUUUUAACAUGAUACUGUUUGAUGGCUUGGAUUAAAAAGACGCCAAAUUUGGACUCAACAUUGAUUCAGUUGACUCAAUUGAUUUUGUCUUACUUUUGAGUCACUGUCACCACUGGAAAGGAUACACUGGCGUGCAACCCAAAGAUAAGGCAACACUUUCAUAUAUUAUGGGACUUAAAUUUCUUGUGUGAAUACCUGAGCAGUAAGGGACUGUUUUAUAACAGUGUAACUUAUCAGAUACUGUUGGAAUUGUGUUAAAACUCAGAGAUGUUCUCAAUGGAAACAAAGAACUAUGAACUGACAUUGAGACCUCAUACUGUACAGUUAUGCUCUGUGUCUGUGCUGUCUACUGUAUCUGCAUUGCCUCCCAGUGUGACUCAGACCAGUGAGAAACUGAUGCUUUGAAGUGAACACUUUUGGGAAAGGCUUAUUUAUCGUACGCACUUCAUGGGUUCUUUGAACCACAGUCCUCAACAGCCAUGAGGCAAACUAAACCAAGCACUGCUUUUUUAUUUUUUUCCAAAGCAUAAGGCAUCAAUUUCUGUUUGUCAUGUGUCACCUGCACACUUUUGUCUAUGGAAACUGAUUAAAUCUCCCUUCAAAGUAA